UGUUCCAAAAAUGGCGAGCCAAGACAACCGUCUCGACAAUUUUAUAGUGAAGUUGUUUGAAAUUGAGGCGAUUAAGUUUGGAACUUUUAAGCUCAAGUCUGGUAUAGAGUCCCCCGUGUACUUUGACCUGCGCGUGAUCGUCUCGUUCCCAGAUGUCAUGAAUCAAGUAUCCGCCCUUAUGUGGGAAACUAUUGAAAAGACUGGAUGUAAAUUCAAGUCAAUAUGUGGGGUGCCUUAUACUGCCUUGCCUAUAGCUACAUGUAUCUGUGUCCAGAACAACUUCCCGAUGUUGAUUCGCCGUAAAGAAGCGAAAGACUACGGCACGCGGCGCAUGAUAGAGGGUCGUUAUGAAGAUGGUGACGUGUGUCUCAUAGUGGAGGAUGUUGUCACCAGUGGAAGCUCCGUCCGUGAGACAGCUGAGUCAUUACAAAAUGAAAAGAUCAAAGUAACGGAUGCCAUUGUGUUGCUGGACCGAGAACAGGGAGGAAAGGUUGCCCUCGAGAGGAAGGGGAUUAAGCUAUACAGUGUUAUAACUCUGUCCCAAGUGCUAUCCACCCUCGAGAGACUUAACAGACUUGACAGUGAUACAGUUAACAGGACCAACCGCUUCAUACAGGACAACAGGUUCGAUGGGCCUGUUGAUGCCAGCAAGGCAGGCAAUGGCUCAACUGUUCCAAAGGUGAUGAGCCACAAGGAACGAGGCGUUAAGUGCAGCCAUCCAUUGGUACGAUCUCUCUACUCUAUCAUGGCUCAGAAGGAGACCAAUCUGUGUGUCUCUGUAGACUGUUCCAGUAGUCAAGAGCUUCUACAGAUGGCAGACAAGGUUGGGCCACAUGUGUGUCUGGUGAAGACACACAUAGACAUGUUGGAGGACUUUACAACAGACAUCACAGAUCAGCUACAGAGGCUGGCAGACAAACACAACUUUCUCAUCUUUGAAGACAGGAAAUUUGGUGACAUUGGUAAGACGGUGUGCACACAGUAUCAGGGUGGAAUGUACAAGAUUUCAAGCUGGGCACACAUCACAAACGCCCACCCUGUGCCUGGGCCGGGCAUCGUGAGCGCUCUCGCAGAGGUUGGUAAGCCUCUGGGACGUGGAUGUUUGAUGGUGGCCGAGAUGAGCUCCGCAGGAAACCUUGCUACAGGGGAGUACACCAAAGCUGCCGUGAAGAUGGCCGAGGGUAACAAGGACUUUGUGAUUGGCUAUAUAUCUCAGUCUCGACUGUCAACAGACCCCGACUUUGUUCACAUGACACCUGGUGUCAAGAUCCAAAUGGGCGGGGACUCCCUGGGGCAGCGAUAUGUAUCCCCACAGACAGCAGUAACUGAGAGGGGAGCAGACGUAAUCAUCGUUGGACGUGGAAUUACGGGGGCGUCAGAUCCUCUUGGGGCAGCUAAAGAGUAUAAGCAAGCUGGGUACUCGGCCUAUCUGAACACUCUUAACCACUAGUCAAAUGAUGAAGAAAUCAGAUGACUGUGAAUCACUAAUGAUAUGAACCCAUCCGACAACCAUGAACAACUAAACAUCUGAACAAGUCGGACAACCAUGAACCACUAAACAUUUGAACCAGUCCGACAACCAUGAACAACUGAUCAUCUGACCAAAUCUGACAACCAUUAACGGCUGAUCAUCUGAAUCAGCCUGACAGCCAUGAACCACAGAUCAUCUGAACCAGUCAGACAACCAUUGACUGCUGAUUAUCUGAACCAGUCAGACAACCAUUGACUGCUGAUUAUCUGAACCUUAAGGGUUUUUAAUGGCUCAAAUUUUUGCAGCAUUAUUUAAAUCUUUGGACCAAAAAGUAUUUUUUCCUCCAUAUUAAGCAGAUCAUUUUGGAAGAUUGUAUUAACUGAUUAUUGUCAUUGCAAAUCAAUUAUAUAUUGGAUCAUUGAUGUACAUGAAUGCAUUAUUCCCUUAAAGACCUUGUUGUGUAUCAAAGUAUGUUUUCAUUUCGAAUUAUCAUUUACAUUCAGAAAUUAUAAUCAUGUAUAAAAUAUGCCAUUUGCAUUUUAAUACUCACAAAUAACAUAUUUGAUGAAUGGUUGUAAAACAAGUAUUAUUUUAAGUGAUUACAAUAAUAGCAUAUAUCUUGUUAAUUGUGGUGUUUUCUACCUCAUUUCUUUUCACUUAAACGAAAUGUGUUAUAAGUCCUCAGCUAUUUGCUCCAAUAAAAAAUGUCCUUAGAUCAAAUAAAUUUCUACCUGUGGACAACCUUAAAGUGCAUAUAAGCAUGUGAUUUUAUAUUAUUCAUAAAUGUCUUAAAGAUAACAGUUAGUAUGUGUAUGAAAGAUUUUCAAAAAAUAUGUAUAAUUGUGAGCAGUUAUUCAGAAAAAGGGUUUUUAAUGAAUCUCAGUGCUAAUUAACUAUACUAUUAACUACAAUGUAUACUGUAAACAGUAUGUUCAUUGUUUGUGUGUAAAUAAGAUGCAUGUAAUGUAUCUCACUUGGCCAGAAAAAAAAUGUGUUCAUGUUAAUAAAUUGUUUAAUGAAGUUUAAUACAUUGUUCAACGAUGACAAUUACAGGUCUCGCGUAUUUCUGUAUUCAUGGUUUGUCAACAUUUAAUAGAACAAUAAAAUUUGAAGUAAAAUU